UGUUUACGUUGACCAAACUUCGGCUGCUAACUUUUCCUAUCUUAAACCCUCGAGAGGCCAUGUCUAUGCCACGGUGGUUGUCAGUGAUUUGAUCAUUGGAAAAUACAUCUUAAAUGCACAUUUAAGAGGUGUUUUUCUGCAACACAUCGCUAUGUCGUCAUGCAACAAACAAGAAAUAGUUAUUUUGCAGGAAAUUUAUAGAAAUGAAACCAUUGCUCAUGUUCUGUCAAACUUGUUCAAAGGCUUUGAUGAUGAAUCAUUGGACUCUGCAAAUACUUUAAUUCACUCCAGCAUAGAAGAAAUAAAAAAUUCCAACUCUAAGGAGAAAAAAGAAAAUGCCUCUGAAAUAUUGCUAUGUCUACUUGCUAGCAUCUCUGAUGUUCCAAGGCAAAUGUUUGAAGGAUUGUUUGAUCUUUGUCAGCAAGGCUAUUUGGACAAAAAGCUAUUAUAUUUUGCUUUGCUUGCAAGAUCAGAGUUGGACAAAUUAAGUUCAUUCUUGGACUAUGAACGACCAUUCCUAAGAAAUCAAGAAAACACUUUUCAAGACUUCAAAGUUGUGCAAAGUAAUAUUUUUAUGGAACUGUUUCUAAUAACAGUAAAAAAACAGAGGCAUUGGCUUUUACUUCUCCUCGAUGACUUACCAGUUCUUAUAAAAGAAGGAAAUCUUUCACAAGUACAGAAUAUAUUAUCCCACCCACCACUACAAUGCUUAUGGCCUCUUCUAUUUAUAAGGAUGUUGGAAAAUGAGGAUGAUCUUAUUUCAUUGAAAGCAUCUGCAGAAAAUACAAUUAAGACUGAAGUUGGAGAACCCUCUAUCAAAGAACUUGCUCAAAAUGUGCUUUGGUAUGUGAAUGUCGUUCUUUGGAUAAGGGAGAAAGAAGUUUCAUCUUUGACUCCCUCAUUACUGAGUAUUCAAGCAUCUAGCACUUUGAAUAUCAUAAACACAUGCAGUAAUAUUUCGGCUUUAGACUGGAAUACAACACACAAUUUUUUAAUAGAAAAUAGUUUAAAUGAGGGUUAUGUAUCAAAAUGGGAGGUGUCUCUCUUUGAUGCAUUUUGUGCUUGUUCUUUGGCCUUUGAAUAUUUAUUGACAUCCCUGCAGCUGAAGCAUUCAAAUGCAAGGAAUACAAAUUUUGAUAGAGUGGAGAUUCUCAACCAGAUUAAAUGUAUUGUAUGUCAGCUGUACCCUUUCUCAGUGAGAUUAAGAGUCAUGCAGAAUAUAUUCUCUCUUCUCUUUGUUCGUUAUGAAGAUUUCCAGGAAGAAAUUUGUUCUGACAGUGAGGAAGGUGAAAUAGACAAUAAUCAAUCGCUUCCUUGUCAUGAUGGUCCUAUAUCAGUCAAGUCCUACAAUAUUUUGUCGUCCUCAUUAACUAGUAUUGCUAAUAUAACCAAUCCUGAAUCUAGAGAGGACCUACUAGAGAAAGAGACAAUCCUCCCAAGUACUCAAUCUUCUGCUGAUGCUAAAAAUUUACAUGAGUCAUACAAUCAGAAACAAGGCUUUGUUUGUGACCGUUUCAUGACCAGAGAUAUUUUAAAAUUGCUUGAAAGUUGUCUUAGUGGUCCCCAAGACACACUGGAGGAUAAAAUGUUUGGAGAGGAAAGUAACCUUUCCACAAAUCAUACUUCACAAUUCAGUAGUAGUGAUAUGGAAUCUAAAUAUGUAUCUCUUCAAAACAAAAUCACCACAGCUCUUUGGAAACUUGAAAUCUUGCUUGGAGCGGACUUUGUGCAGCUGUCUAAUGUGGUUGAUUCUGUUAAAGAGAGAUUCAAUCCUCCAAACUGGCUCAUCCAGCAUUGCUUAGAUGAUGAUAGCACAAGUGAUGAGGAGUUACAGACCAUGUGUACUCAUAUUGUAAAUAGGAAAGGUGACACUGAAAAAUCGAGUGAAUCUGGUUCUCAGUCUAACUUAAACAACCAAGGACAAGGACUCAGUUCCAAGUGGAAUAGAAAAUGCCGCAGGAGAAGUUCUGUUCGUCUUUCAGCCAGAAGCCCUACAGAUACAAUUAUCAAGAGAAUGUUGUCAUCUAAACAGAAUUUGGUUUCCCAAUGUCUUUCUCGGGGUAGUUUUGGAGCAGCAAAGCAAGCCAUUAAGACUUUGGGGCUACAGGAGACUGUUAUAGCGUCAGAGGUGAAUUUCAUGGAAUCAUACCAAGCAAUCAAACAUAAAAUUGGCUUAUGUGCUCAUGAGAACCAGAGAGAUUCCAUGAUAGCUGACAUAAAAUCUCCAAAUUCCACUCUGCAGGCUAUUCAAAGGGCUGCUUCGGCCGGUGUGCAAGCUUCAUCCUUAAAUAAAGAAGUUGAAAAAUUACUAUUAAGUAAACAAUUACCCAGCUUGGGGGAUGCUCUUCAUAUUUCAGAAGAUUUUCUUCAUUUAUUUGGGGGCAGUGUUGAGGAUCAGCCUCUCGUUGCUGCUGCAGUUGACAUUGCCUUGAUUCUAUCAACUAGUUUGCGGCAAGCUGCAAACUUUUUAAAUAUUUUGCCAAACUUCUCUCAUGAUCUUCAAAAUAUUCAAGAGGCAGUACCCUCUCGGUUACGAUCAAUGGGAUAUGCACCACUUAUUCAAAAUGUUUUACAGGUAACUGGUGCAGAAUCUUCCAGUCCUUCAGAUUUAUUUCAUCGCUGGGAUGUGCCAAAUUUUGUGUCCCACUUCUUUAGAGAUACAUUAAACAUGUGGGAUAGCUUUACGAGGCUUGUAAAAGAAUUGGGAAUGUCACAAAGUAGUUCAGUUCUUUAUCCUAAAUUUCUUCAGUUAGCAGCGUGCUAUCAUUCUUCUAGAGGACUGGAUACAACUCCAGAAUUCAAUUACUUGCAGGACUUCAAAGCAUAUCUAAAGCUCUUGAAAGUCUGUAAAGAUAGAUCUACAGCUCCUCCCCCUGACACACCUUUGACACAAGAUCAUUUUCUAUUGCUCAAUAGAAGCCCACUGAAACUUCUUUCUCACAUGGUUCUUGAAGAGGGAAUGACAUCUACAAGUCUUGAAUUGUUUGCUUCUCUUCUGGGCUUCAAUCUACCUCACAUACUUAGCACAGAACUGUGCUCCAUAUUGGAUUCUGUGCCGCCUGCGUAUCCCUAUAUUAACCUGGUUCCUAUUAAUGCACUCUGUUGUGUUAAAGUUUUGAACGCCUUUGAUGUUGCUGGACCUGCUCGCCAUCCUGCAAAGGCUGUUGAAGAACUUCUGCAGUCUGUGUAUGAUGAGCUGAUACGUCAACUAGAUAUAAUUCAAAAAUUACAUCAGUCUAAGGAUGGUUACCUCAAAAUAUGUCAAUUAAAUAUUAAACAAAUGCAGUCUAUAUUGGCUGCUACCUGGGAGCUGCAAUAUAUUGAUGUGAAACUAUUACAGCCAGGUGCAGAGACAUUAGCAUUUUACUGCAAUCUGGCAAAUCUGAUUUGGGUACACUGUGUGGUUUAUUUGUCAAGCAUAUCAAAUAUGGGUGAUCUAUGGCUUAAGGCCUUGGUUGGUGGUUAUAAUAUUCAGCAGUUAGUCGCCAUGAAUUCAUUUGUCUAUCAAGUUGGGACAUCAGGUAUAUUAACUUUGUGGGAAAUUCGCCGACUUGCUCUAGGAGUCCAAUUAAUGAAGCCAGCAGGCACUGAAUCUUUGAAAGAUUAUGCACUUUCGACAGAUUCAUUUGAUCCUCUUGCUCUAUUUGUUGUAUCUUCUGGUUCAAAACACUCACCAAAAUUGAAGGUGAUUAGUUCUAAUAAUUUGGAAAAACAACUACAGAAAUCAGUCCAAGAUUAUAUACAGUAUUGGGCUGAUAUUAAAACAGAUCAUGUUGCUGUGCCAUCUCUGGUGCAUCGGUAUAUUCAAAGUACAGGGCAAAAUAUGUGUAUGUUUUUAAAGGAUUAUGUUGAUUCGUCAUUAACAAAUCAAGGGUCUUAUCCAGUUACCAUUUUACCUGAUGAAGAAUCUUCUUUGAUAGUUUUAAGUUAUGAGCCAGAAGCAAUAUACAAUACAUCCACAGUUGAUGAACCUAUUACUUCAUGGAAAGCAAACCCAAAUCUGUGUGAGAGCAUCCUGCAGUACAUAAAGAGUUAUUCUCCAUUAGUUAGUGUACUACUUUGUGAGCUUUUGAAAGAUCUCCAAUGUGAGGAUACAAAUGAAUCAGAUGAGGAGGCACAAGAAGCCACAGAAAGCAAUGCUGCCAACUUUCAUCCUCUCCAGCAGUUCCCUCAUCUUGAAGAAACCUGUAAAGGACUGAACACUGCAACUUUAAGUGAAUUUUUUAGUAGCAACAUUUUAUUGACUGUUCUUCAUAGUACAGUGCCCCAUACAUUGAUUUGGAGUAGAUUAGAUCUUUUCGCUCGAGAGCAGAAAUGGCAAACCAUUGUUGAUUUGUUAAAGGCUUUACCACCACUUCAAAUAUCCAGUGAUCCUAUGCUCAGUGUUGCACUUGAUCUUUCUCUUCUGGAACUGACUUUCCAAUACCGAGGAUCUGAAGAGUCAUGGCUGUUUUGUAAGCAAAUUAGAUCCAUUUACUUUAGGGCAAGAUGUAUUUUUGCUGAGAGCACUUAUUGGCCUGGUGAGGUGUGCAUUAGUCAACUGGGGUACAUUCUCAAGUCAGUGGAGAUAAGGGACUAUCCCAGUAUAUUUUUGAAAGCCAAAAUACUCUUGCAUUCAAUAACAAUCUAUCAGGAGAUGGUGGAUUGUUGCGGAAAAGCUCAAUGGAAAUCAUGGCAAGAAGUUCAGAAGGAUUCUCAAAUAAAUCCUGCCUUCGUCCUUGAACAGAUAAUAUUGCACCAAAAUGCACGUAUAUGUGUGGAAUGGCUAGACUUGAUAAAUAUUUCAACAAAUCAUACAUAUAUGAUUGAUACAAAUAUGUUUGUUCUGCUUUUGAAUGAUGAUCAAGAUAGACUGCAAGUUGCUGAAAAAUUACUUCUAUCCAUACCGACUAAGAGAGCAGCUAAAAUUUGUUUCGAAGCAUUGGGGGAAUUAUGUAGACUACAUUCCCUUCAGUUUUGUGUGAAGUUUCUGAAGUCUAAUUGUAUUGAUGAACUAGAUGCAUGUUCCAAAGAAGCUCUUGAAACUGUUUCUAUAGGAAUUCAGAUGCUAAAAUCUGUUCCUAUUACAGUUCAGAAUGAAUGCAUAGAACUUGUAAGCAGUCCACAGCUUAUGGUAGAGCAGCUAAUCAUGAAUGUGCAGUUGGAAGCAGCAGAGCAGAUGCUUUGCUCUGUUCAAGGUCAUCUCCUGAAACUUACUGCAAAAUCCCCGUUAUCAAUUCCUGCGUUAGAUUCAAUGCUCCGCCAGUAUGCUGAAAAAUCCCUUGAGAUUGGCAUUUCAAAGGGCUCAACAAUGAGUGUUAUGAGUGAAAAUAGCAUAAUGGACUCUCUAUCUUCCUUUUCUGGCAACAAAGAUUAUGUUAUGCCUUCCGUAGUGCCUUCCAAAGCAGAAUGGGUUCCAAAUGAACAGGCUUCUAUUUGUAUGAAUUGCCAUAUUGCAGCAUUUACCAUGUUUAAUCGCCGCCAUCACUGUCGGCGCUGUGGCAGGGUGGUUUGUGCUCCGUGUUCUUCUCAUAAAAUGUUAGUACAAGGGUAUGGAACAUUAAAGGUUCGUGUAUGCAACAGCUGCAAUAAGAUUUGUGAAGCAUCUACAACUCAAACCUCUGAUCAGCAGACUACUGAGGUAUCUGAGUCUUUUGUCUCCUUACCUCCUGAAAACAUGUGGCGUUUAUCUAAUGUUCCUUCUCUGAAUGAUACUGUGCGUGGUGAAUUCUCUUUUGAACAUGCCCCCAGUGUUUCUCUGUGCUUAUCUAUUCUUAAGUUACAUUCUGAAAGUGCUGCCUGCCCCAACUUUCUUGUUGAUUCAUGUGAAACUAUUUUAAGUUACUUGCCACCACAAGGAGGUAUGCCCAACCCCGAAGUUGACUAUGGUUUUGUAAUAGACAUGUGCAGGUCUCUUGUGGUAGCUGCCAAAGUAAAAUGUGCACAGUGGGGAUAUAUAUCUGAUGAGCCUAAUUGUGAUCAGAGGCUUAGCAAAAUAGAUCUCUUAUCACUUUUGGUGUCUCAUGGAUGUGCAUCUCUUAUUCCUAAUGAGACUAGUACUCAUGGUUUGAGAAGACUCCAGACUCAGCUUCUUGAGGCAGAACUUUGGGAAUUAGCUUUAGAAGUCUCUACAAAAGCAGGAAUGGAGAAAAUUGGGGUGUGGACAUCCUGGGGCAAGAGCCUUCUAAGAGGAGGUCAAUGGAAAGAAGCACGAGAAAAAUUUGCCCACAGUUUUCCCAUUAGUAGCAGAGUCAAUAAGAGUGCACCAGAUUCACCACUUCUCAUUGACAUAUUACAGAUUCUAGAGAAUACACCACAGCUUGCAGAAACAGACACCUCACAGAAAUUGGAACCUAUCAAUGCAUUUAACAACCGAUCUGCUCGUUCUCCAGCUGUUGCUAUUCUAAAUUCUCUCUCUUCACUCAAGAGUAUUUCCCAGGGCAAAUAUACCGAGAAACAAGUUGCUGGUACUGUUCAACCACAGAUCUAUGCUGAGUGCUGUUAUUAUCUUCAAGAAUAUGGUAGUCAUGCUUCUUAUCUUCAAUUCCUAGUCCGUCACUCUGACUUUAAAGGAGCUGUAAAACACACACACUCACAUUCAGUUGACCCACAAAUAUUUUUUGAAAAUGUUUACAUGCCAUGUUUACGUAGGGGUCAAAUUACUCCUCUACACAGUGCCAUUACAGCUGAGGAUUCAUCUUUAGCCAAGUGGACAGUAUAUUUGCACGGUAUUGGUGCAGCCUUGGAAAAGCGCAAAUUACUCAACACACUUUAUGAGGUGCAACAGUGGUCAAAGGACCAUGUGAGAGCGGCAAUGACUUGUAUUCGUUUCUAUCAUCUUAAUGCAAAUUCUUACUCAGAUCUGGCAGCAAAUAUCAACCAUCUGAUGCGAGCUCAAAGCCAUCUUGAGGGUGCUCUUGCAGUUGCCACUGCUUCAGUGAAAUGCAACCAAUAUGCAAAUGACACAGUGCCAACAGAAAAAUCUUCUGAAGUUAUGUGGCUUCAGUUGCCCCCUAAAGAACUAGAUCACCACUUAAGUACAAUAGAAAUGCAAAAAGAACUUACCAAGUUUCUGAGUGCUUAUGAGGCUGAUGGUCACACCAUUUUUGAGGCAGCCCUCUGUUUUCCUCAUGUAUUUGCUGAACCUUUGGCCCAUGGACUUCCAACUUUAUUUGGUAAUACAGCAGAUCGUUUGCUACUCUCAGGCCUUUGCCUGUUCUGUGGUAAAAAUGUAGAAGAGGGCUAUGGCAUUGUUUACAGAAUUAUUGAGGGCUUUCACCUUUCUGGAGAUCAAAUCUAUGAAGCCGUAGCUGUGGCACUAUCUCGUUCAGGACGUCUAACAGAAAUUAGCCAACUUCUUAACUGCAUUCGCAGUUCUGGAGUAACACUCCCAUCAACUAUUUGUGAUUCUGUUGUCAUGUCUUGCGUUCGAGAACUGCCAAAACAGCCUAGUGCGAGUGACAUUGAUUUCCUUGCCCGAAACAUAUCUAAUCCAGUUGUAAAGAUACAGGCUUUUAUUACUUGUGGCCAAUUGAAGUCGGCAUACCUUCUAGCUGUAAAAUAUGAGAGACUAGAAGAUAUAGAAAAAAUAUUACAAGAAGCUGAAAGAAUGGGGCAGAGUGCCAUUAAAAAUAUUUGCUUGCAACGCCUUGGAAGAAUGUAAAUGUCUUACCAUUAGAUGGUCAAAAUGUGCUAUGAUAAUCCAGUAAGAAAUGUAUGUCCACCAUUACUUUAAAACUGAGUAAUGUUGACUCAGGUGCUCUUAUGUGUCUGAAUGUGCCUUUUUAGAUUUCUCUUUUUCGAUAUCAUAGAUACAGGCCAGAAUUUCCUUUUGGGUAGGUCACAUCUGGUCGCGUGAAGGGUGUUUGGAGGAAGACAUGACUGUCUUGACGGUCCACUGUUUACACUCCUUCACUGUGAAUUUAAGUGCACUCUUUUACAUUGAGUACUUUCUUUUGACAUUGUGAUAAUGUCAGCCGGUGCCAUUACCUUUGAAUGUCAUUUACUUUACCAUGAGACUGACAACUGAAAAUUUAAGAAACGCAUCAAAUAAUAUAGCAUAGGAAAGGAAUGAGUCAUGAAAUAUACAAUCUACAUAAAAAUGUAGGAAUGGCAUGAAAAAUUAUAUUUAGUGAUACUCCAUCCCAAAAUAAUAAGGGAGGUUACUGUCAGCGAGCCAGAAUCAUUGAUUACAUUUUUUUCUCAGUUAGAUUCUGUUUGUAUGUACCGAGUGUCAGGGCCACGACAACAUUCUGCGGGUUUGCCUUCUCAAUCCUCUGGCAAGGCCCCAAGUAUAAACAAACCCUCAACACUGUUGUGUUUUAGCCCUGACACACAGUAUAGUAUGUCUUGAAUCACUAAAAGAAAUAUCAAUAGACCAUCCUCGGGUUGGAUUAGACCCCUUUUUGAAAACAUGAAACUUUGAAACAUCUGCAGUGAGACUUUGGUAGCUUAAAAACCGAGAUUGAAGAGAUAAACUGGCUUUGAAAGUACUCAAAGUUCAUUGUCUUGCCUCAAGCUAAGUAAUACCUUAAAGAAGUCCAGAUGUUAGCAUAGGAAGAUCCUAAAAAUUGUUUGCUAGAAUGGUGUAUUUUGCUGUAAGCAAAUAUUACCUGUAAGGAAAAAGUACCUCUGUGAUAGUUUAGGUAAUUUUAUGACUGAUUUUUGACAAGACUAGUUUUUGAAGAAUUUUUAAAAGUGAUCAGCUAAUGUAAUAAACCAUAAAAUUCAAACACUUAACAAUAUGCCUUCUAUUUUACAUAACCUUGUGUAAGAAUUGUUUCUGCACAACUCUGAAUUGAUACACUAUUUUGAACAGAAAGAGAAAUUUUGAGAGGUCCACCCUCUGGGAAUUCCCUCUUUAUUUAUUAUUGUUUAUUAAUUGUAAAAUAAAUAAAUAAUGUGAGAGUCCUCA